CACAGGAGAGACACCUGUGACAUCAUAUAUUAUUUCGAGUUUAGAAACAUCUCGGACACACAAUUCUGGGAAUAUUAUUGUCAUAACCAAAAGGCCUAAAUCUAAAGAUACUACAUGGAUGGCUGAACACACAUUUAGUACCUGGGCUCUGAGGAUUUCAAUGGAUAUUGUUUGCCAAAUGGAUUGUACUUGAGAGACGGAAACUGAAGUCGGAGAGAAGGUUCUCAACGGAACUACAGGACUCCAUUUUGGAGAAGAGGCAGCUGAUCGCCAUGGAGACGCCUGGAGGAGUCCAAGUGCCCAUUGAUGUUCUGGGAGAGAAUGAAGCGUUACAGCAGUUCUUUGACGGAUGCCAGGAUAUGAGUGGGGUCCUGGAGAGUGCGGUGGUGGACACCAGCAUACUGGAGCAGUACCUCAGCAACCACAUGGACCCAACAUCCAUGUUACCAGAGUCCCCACCAGAUUCUGGUUCAGAACCGUGCUCACCUCCACAAAUACCAGAGGUGCGCUACGGCUCCCAUUGGUCCAACGUCCGCGUGAACCAGGAAGUCUUCCAGCCAGUGACGCGUCCUCCAGCCUCAUCGUGUCGAUAUAAAGAGCCAUCACCACAACCCCCACCACACCCAAGCCUGCCGUACCACCAGGGGCUGACUAACUCUUACACCAAGACGGGCAUGUGUCCAGGCCCGCUGCCCCAUGACCCCCCCCUCCACCACCCCCACUACCUGAGCCCAGGGGAGAGCUAUAUACAGGCUAACACUCCCCUCACACCCCCCGUCCACCACAAGGCUCUCCAGCAGCAUCAGCCUCCUCCACGCCAGGGUCUGGCAGACAGCUACCCCAGGGCCAACACACACCCGGUCCCAGUACUACCUCCAGGUCAAGCCCCACACCUAGCCCCGGUCCCAGUACUACCUCCAGGUCAAGCCCCACACCUAGCCCCGGGCCUAGGUCUACCCUCAGCCCCAUCCUGUCUACUACCUGGGUCUGGAUGCCCUUCAGAACCAGGAUAUCCAUACCUGCCUCCCUCAGCUGGUCAACACACAGGGCCUAUAUUACCUGACUGUAAGAAGAGAAGACGGACAGAAUCCCUUGAGGUACAGAACCAUUUUGUGACUGUUCCUUUAGCAGUGGGUUCUGAGAGUGGAGGUGGAGGCGUUGACGUCCCGUCCUAUGACAGUGACGGGGCCACAGGGAGCAGCUCGGGGAUGGGGGGCUAUCAGCUCCUGACCUGGGAUCGCUACCAGCCUGGCCUUUGGAGCACGCUCUACAACAGUAACUAUGACGUCCUACCUUCCCCAGGUUACCAUGUGGACACUGAUAAGGGUUUCAACUACUCCGCAGCUGACGAGUCCUUUGUGUGUCAGAAAAAGAACCACUUUCAGGUCACAGUUCACGUAGGGAUGGCCGGGGACCCCAAGUUCGUCAAAACACCCAACGGCCCUGCGCAAAUAGAGAGCUUCCAAGUCAAGGUGUUUGGCGUCAAGCUUGAGGCACAGACUCACAAAGUCACCAUAGAACAGUCACAGUCUGAUCGCAGCAAGAAACCAUUCCUGCCAGUCCAAGUGAGUCUACCAGGGGACAAGAUCACUAAAGUUACUCUGGGAAGACUGCACUUCAGUGAGACCACUGUCAACAACAUGAGGAAAAAGGGAAAACCCAACCCUGACCAGAGGUACUUCCUGAUGGUGGUGGGUUUGUACGCCACAGUGAGGGAAGAGAGUUACCUGCUGGUAGCAUACAUGUCAGAGAGGAUCAUAGUCAGGGCGUCGAAUCCGGGCCAGUUUGAGAACGACAGUGAGGUGUUUUGGCAGCGAGGACAGGCUCCGGACGCGGUGGUGUGCCAGGGGAGGGUGGGCAUCAACACAGACACCCCCGAUGAAGCCCUGGUGGUCUGUGGCAACGCUAAGAUCAUGGGGCAGGUCAUGCACCCCUCCGACCACCGCGCCAAACACAACAUACGAGAGGUGGAUUCAACCGAGCAGCUGAAGAGAAUAUCUCAGAUGAGGAUAGUGGAGUAUGACUACAAGCCUGAGUUCGCCUCAAAGAUGGGGAUCGAUCACAUACAUGAAACAGGCAUCAUAGCCCAGGAGGUGAAGAAGCUGCUGCCUGCUGCUGUCAAAGAGGUGGGGGACAUCACCUGCAGCGACGGAGAGAAGAUCCACAACUUCCUCAUGGUGGACAAAGAGCAGAUCUUCAUGGAGAACGUCGGGGCUGUGAAGCAGCUGUGUAAGCUGACUGACAACCUGGAGAACAGGAUUCAGGAGCUGGAGGUGUGGAACACGCAGUCGGCCAAGCUCAAGAACACGGGCAGCCUGCGAUCCAGCAGCAACCCUGCUAACAGCAGCACUAAAGAGAAAAUGAACAGACACAGCAGUGUUCCACCACCCCAACAGAAGCCAACGCCUCUCAAAUCUUUCAAGGCGAAGUUCCAGGCGAAGUACCACCACUGCUUAAAACACAAGUUCGUCCAAGUCAUCAUCAUCAUUCUGGUAGCAACAAUGGCUUUCUGCUCUAUUGCCAUCACAGCUCUCUACAUGCUGACUCUGAGAGACGACGCCGGCAUGCUCUUUCCUGGAAGCACCAACGAGACUACUAUGCAUCCUCUCUACACCUCAACAGUCAGGCCUACCUUAGUAAACCCAACAACAACCCCUGGCCCGUGGCCCCCUGAUGUGGACUUCUGUAGCCUGCUCUACUGUGAGGACGUGUUCUGCUGUCCCACUAAAGACACCAUGGAUAAUACCACCACCAUCUCUCCUUCCCUCCUCUCCUCCACUGCAUCUCCCACUACCGGGCCCUCUCUAGCAGAUAAAGGAAAAGACAAAUUCAAUGAAGAAAUCAAAGGUGCCGGAGAUUGGACAAACACAACGAUUAAGUCUUUUUUCAUCAAAGAAAACCAACAGAUAAUUGACUCUCGGUACUGUGAGAAGGGAAGCUGUAGGUCAGGAAACUACUCCUUCCAAAUCCCUAUCAGCAAGUUCAUCCCUAUCAACAUGCGUGUCACCGUCCAGAUGAAUACUAUAGAGCUGCUGGUUGUCCACCUGUGUCAUUCUGAUGUGACGUUUAAAUGCUCUGCCGUGAUGGACCAUGAUCAAACCAACGAAGAAUACACUUUCAUAAAUACACAGGGCUACGUCCAUGAAUGGCCUCUGCCAGUGUCUCGAUUCUACAGGAGCUCCUACCACUUUCGCUCCGCAGUGGCUGGCCAGGCAGACUGCAAUACCGACCGUGGCUUCAUGGGGGCGCUGUUCACAGACUACCAUUUCAACUUCUACCGGAGGUGUGAGUGAGGAAGAAGACCUAAUCAAACUGUAGUUCCUUUGGCAGGCCAGCCAGUGUCCAAUGACAUGUCAGUGUUUAUUUUCAUGAUGUAUGCCAACCCUAAUAAUAAAUCCACGUUGUAUUGGUU